AUGGCGUGGCAUAGCUUUACAGGAACCGUAUGGACCAACAAGUUCGCCCGACCCAGGGGCCCCUGCGACCCCUUGGCUUUAGGGGAAGCCGAUGAUAAAUUAACAGAGGCAGGGAAGCCGGAGGAACUGCGAUGGGGUGACCAUGAGCGGCAAUCAAAGAUCCCCUAUAAGGUCUUGAGAGGACAUAAUCAUGUCGUGAGUUCCUGCCAUUUCUGCUUUGAAGACACUAUGAUUCUCUCUGGUUCCUACGACAAAACUGUAAAAAUUUGGGAUGCUGCCACAGGAGUUAAUAUUCAUGAUUUUGAAAACAGUCAUAGAGGUCCCAUUUCAGAAUGCAGCUUGACAUCAGAUAGCCAGAGAGUCGUUACAUCAUCCUAUGACAAAACAAUAAAGGUUUGGGAUAUGGAAAGAGGACAAGUUCUGUGGUCUUUGGACCAAGAGAACAUUAUACUUUCAUGUAAAAUUUCUAAUGAUGGUAGAUUUGUGGUCUGUGGUUUGGAUGUAGAAAACUCAAUCUGUGUCAUUGAUGGAAAAAAUGGGAAAACCAUCAGUUAUAUUAAAGAUCACCACGAUAGACCAAUAACUACUUGCAACUUUAAUUUUGACAAUGUUCGAGUAGCUUCAGGAUCCUCUGAUAAUACUGUGAAGAUUUGGGAUGUAUCAGCUCAAGCCACACUUGUAAAAAUUCAAGAAGCACAUUCCAACAUUGUUGCAGAUUGCUGUUUUACUUUCAGUGGCCAUUUCUUGUGUACAGCGUCUUGGGACAAAACCUUAAAAAUCUGGGAUGUAAAUGCGGGAGGAUUUCGAAAAGAAGGGGCCUGUGUAACUCUGAUGGAAGGUCAUACAGGUUCGGUCAGUUCCUGUCUUUUUUCAAGAGAUGCCUCACUUAUUGUGUCUGGAUCAUAUGACAAAACGAUAACUGUCUGGGAUGUGGCCGGAGGAUAUAAAAAGUGUAUUUUAAAGGGACAUGAAGACUGGGUGAUGGAUGUUGCAAUUAGCAACAACAGAAAAUGGGUUGUUUCUGCUUCAAAGGAUACUACUGUUAGACUGUGGAACAUCGAAAAGACUGAUCAAAUUCCUAUGUUAAUAAAAUAUAGAAAAUCCAAUGACUUACAAAUAUUUCAGUGUGAACAAUGUGACAAGCUUUUCUCACUUGUAAAAUUUGAUGAGGAAUUAGAACCAGGAUCCAAAUGUCUAUUCUGUCAAUUGGCUUCUCCUUCAAGAUAUGGUUUGCCACCAUCACCUGGGGAUUGUAAAGAUAAGAAAGUUGAAAUGGAGGAAUCGAAGAUGUGA